AUUCGGUCAAUUUUGCUUGGGUCGAACACAGCCGAUCUCAGUUUUGGGUAGAAGCGAUUGAAACAAGCUGUCGAUUCUGUCAAAUUAUAGAACGCCUGACGAACACAUUUUAUUUGAACACUUUUUAAAUGUAAAAUCACGCUGAACAAAUUGGGACAGAAAAUUUGACUACUUCAACCGUAAAUUCGAUUCUUCCUGAAAAAAAUUUUGCCCUGACAGCUAUGGAUUAAGAUUACAAAAAUCAUGAUUAGAAGAAAAACCCCGAUAUAUGAAAGCAAUUUGCAGUUCAAAACCAAGCAAGAUUUCAUUGAAAAUGGAGAAAAGCUAUUUCAAAAAAAUUGUGAAGCUAAACACCUGCCUUUAUUUUUCCCCGAAGUAAGCAGCACUGUAUUAGAACAACUUCCAUUGCGCCCAGAUUUAUACAACCGACACGAGGACACCUGCAACAAAAUCAUCUACAAUGCCCUGAAAACUCUUCGACAACCAGUUCUGGUUUUGCAUGGAAUUACAUUUAACCACAAUCAGUUCUAUAUGUGGGAUCCAAAACAUGAUCCAGAAAAAUGCGCCAAAAGCGACGAUAUUCCAAAUUGUUCAAGCGAUCAUAACUCGACGGAUAUGGGUAAGAUUGACUUCCUGAUAAUUGCGCCUAAGUGUAUAGUGGCGAUUGACACUCAUCCAAGAAACAUGAUUAAGCCGGAUACAAUCAAGAAAAAAUUGUCCAAUCAACGAACAGCAUUUCAGUUGAUCGAUCGAAUUGGCAAAAAAGAUAUGUGUGGAAAUGCAUCAGAUGUGUCCGAUCAAUAUAAGUUUUUUCAAACUAUUUUAUUGCCGCCAUUAGACCUAGACAAGGCUCUGAAGAAUUACAACCAAAUGUCAGAGCUUAAGCUUAUGAGAGAUACUGAUUAUCUAGAUUUCAAUUCCUGGUGGGAUAGAAAUAUCCUGGCACCAAGUUCCAACCAAGGCAAACUUGUUUAUGGAGACAUCGAUCUGAUUCAGAAAACGAUGUUUGCGCUGUGGAGUCACAGAAACGAUGACGUAAAAGUUCCAUUUGAAUUGCAUCAGCCGAAAGUCUAUGAGAACUUGUUUCAACAGUUUUCGAAAAAGACUCUAGACUGUCUUACCGAUGGCAAAGAAGAAUCAUUACUGGAAAUCGCUAAAAUGGUGUUUGACAUUUUUUCUGACAAUGAACAACCAGAAGAAAAUGAAAUCAAGGAACUUGCAGCGUCUGUAAAGUUUUUUUGGGACGAUGAGAAUUUCAGGAAGCUUUUUAUGACGCCCAAUGAGCUUCUGAGCUCUUACCGCCAAACUAAGAUAGCAAAAAAGAUGAGCAGCAAAAAAGAUUACAUUUCAGUGAAAAAUGAUGUGCUGGAAACAUUUUCCCUUGCGUGCUUUGGUAAUAAUCAUCCUCAAAUGAUUCCAGUCUGUCCCAAUCAAAGUUAUAUUGACCUCUAUCCAGAAGAUCAAAAAAGCCAAAAUUUAAAUGACUUUACAAAACAACAAGACUACGAGGCCGAAGUGGAAGUUUACCGUGCUCUUGAAAAAUUAAAAGGUGAAAACUUGACCGUAAUUCACGGUAUGAAGUACUCGCAUUACCAGUUCAGGAUGUGGGAGUCCAAUCAUGACCCAAAAAAUUGUUCACAGAAAAAAGAAAAACCUAAUUGUAACAAAAAUGUUUUGCACUCAGAUGAAGGUGAAAAUGAUUUCGUCGUUCUUGGACCAGACUACAUUGUGCUCAUUGAAGUGAAAAAUGCCGAAAAAGAAAUAUCAACUGAGUCAAUGUCAGGUUUUAUAGCUUCGGCAGAAAAGCAAAUAAAAAAACUGAUUACUGUUAUUAAAGGAAUAACGGAUGAGUCAUCAAAAACUGACGAAACGAAGGUGGAUAAUCAGGAAACCAGUGAGAAAAAGUUAGAAAGCAAAUCUGAUUCAAUUAGAUUAUAUCGUUAUGUGGCCUUCCCUGGUAUCAAUUAUCAAUCGAAUACUGGCAGUUGCGAAAUUGGUUGCAUAUUCAAGAGUGACUUGCAAGAAUUUGCAAAAUGGUGGCAAAAAGAAAUAAACGACAAGACUAAAUGGAACUUUGAGGAGAUAACAGGUGACAUCAAUCUGCUUAGAAACGCCUUACGGGCUCUAUGGUUAACAACAGGAGACUCAAAAAGAGGUAACAAUUUUGACAAUUCUGCUAUGCGUUUUGUACGGACAUUAACCGAUAUAGACAACAAGCUCAAAGAUAGCGAAAUAACUUUCCUCAGUAAAAACAGAAAACUGAAGUCUGAUGUAUACAGAACAAGUGAUUUAGCUUCGGCAGAUGUAAGCGUGACAGAUACAAAAGGAGUUAACAAAAUAAAUAUUUUCCACGAUAUUCUGGGAAUAAAAUUUAUCACCAAAAACCAGAAGGAAGCAUUCGAAAAUACAUCGAAAAACUUGGUCAUCACUGGAUGCGCAGGAUCGGGAAAAAGUUUGAUUCUCAUUGCAAGACUUCUGUAUCAAAGCUUAACAACAGAUAAGGCGAAAAAACUGCUUCUAAUAGUUUUCAAUGAAACAAAAUUACUUGAAUAUAAAACAAUUUUUGAACGGGCUAAAAUUUACUGUGCAGAUAUUUCGGAAAACGAUUUCAGUGAACGUGUUUUUUUCGAGAGUCGUAUUGGAAUUGUUCAUUGCAGUACAAGUAAUCAGGACUCGAAUACCCGAUUACUUCUACAAAAUACAAGUCCAAAUCUUGUUGCUUAUGUCGAUGACGCGCAUGCAUUAAAAACUGCCAUAUCAUCUUUGAAAUGUGCCUGUAUAGCCGUAGACUAUAACCAAAGUCAUUUGUUGCGCGAUGAAGUUUUCAAACCGAAUUUUGAAGGCUUUGAUAUUUCUUCACUAAACCUCAAUUAUCGAAGUACAUGGAAUAUUGUGACUAACUUGAAAAGUUUAUCAGAAGCUAUUACACUGAAAGAAAAAACACAUCAAAACUUCACGUCUGAUCAUCCAGAAUUUUCCCACCAUCCAAGCCCGGGACAUUUGAUUCACGGGCCUCAAACAGAAAUAUAUGUUAUGAAAACCUUGCACAGCAAAUCGCUUGCUCAAUUUGUGUCAUUUUACGUUCAGUUUACUUGCGAAGAAGCAGUUGACUGCUUUUUUUUCAAUGUCAGUUCAGAAUAUUCUGCAGAAUUUAAGAAUUUUUCUACUUUAGUGAACAGUUUGUUGAAAAAACCACUUUGUGCUCACGUCAGCCCCUCAGAACAAAAUAUUUACUCCACCGAAUUUGGAACGUGUGUAAUAUUUUUUGAGUUCUCCGAUAUGGACACAAAAAUGCUCCGAUCUCUUUAUAAUGUUAUUUCGAGAGUCAGAGUGUUCUGUCAAAUCAUAGUUCAUACGAGUACCAAUUAUGACCCUGAAGAGCUGAAUGAGUUUUUGAGCAUCUUCAAGGAGUCCAAAAUCACAUAUAUUAAAAGCGAGGAUGAGGAUUCAAAAUCUCCAGAUGAGUCACCGGUGUCGUGUGCAAACACUAGCAAACCAGAUGAACCCAGUAAAGUUUGUAGUACGUCUGAUACAAACCAGAACCUGUUAGACCUCAGCAUAGACUAAUUUACCAUAGUAAUAAAUAUAACGACUUACCAUGCUUGUAAUGAAUCUAUGAUCAGCUUAAUUUGUAACUCUACUAACAAAUCGUCAUAUUUUAACUAGUAUCUUAAAUCGUUAAAUAUGCCUUAAUUAAUUUUUAGUUUCCGGCUCUUUU